GUAGGAAGUACACACACACAAACAACACACACUGGGCUUGAGACAUACAACAAGAUAAAAGACGGCUCGGGGGAGCAGGUCAACUCAAAGACCUUUUUGUGCUGCCAUUAUUAAAACAAGUAAAGUUAGUGACGGAAGCUAAAAGGGCACUGAAGUCACCACACGUAUUGUUAAAUCUAUAACACGAGGAUGUGUAGCGUGUUAGCAGUUAGCCACUAGUGACUAAGUUGUUAGCUUACUACAUUAAUGUAACCUAGCUAAGAGACAGUUUGUAACCUAAACAUAUUUUGGUCAUUUUAUCUCAUUCAUUCCUUUCUGUAAUGACUGUGAACGAACCUAAUUGUGUCCUGAGUACACACGCAUUAUGCAGGAGGAGAACUGUGGCACAGCACUGGGCUGGUAGGUAACUAGUCUAAAGGGUGGCUUCAAUGGAGAAAACCAGCCAGGAGGGGACUCCAGAUGAAGAGGAUGAAAACCAAGCAGCUGACUGGAUGAGGCUGGAAGAUGAGGCGGUGGAAACUACACCUGCAUUUGAUUCAUUUGGGGCAACAUCCAUAAGCAGUGCAUCAAACCCUUGCGUGGACUUGAUGGCCCUAAAAUUCAUGGAAGGAUCUCCCUACCAGGAUCAAAAUAAAUCAGAGGAGGAGGUUAAACCUGAGGCAGCUAUGAAAGGCAUAGGUGACAGCGCCUCAAGACUGUUCAGUGCAGGUUGUGUGAUGUCUGCUGGUCAGACAAAAGCUGUAGCAAACCAGCCGGAGAGAGAUGAGAGUCCAAGCACAGUUGAACCUCCUGUGUCCCCAUCCGUCAGCCUCAUGGACACAUGGGCUCCUUCCAUAUCAAGCCUCUCUUCUGCCUCUUCCACCACCCAUGAUGCUCCAUAUUCAUCCUCAUCCUCAUCUUCUUCUUGCUCAGUUUUGGCUCUGAGUCCCCCUUUACCCCCCACUGUGGAGCUCUCUGCUGUGUUGACUGAUACUCGGCUGACUCUGGAUGUAUAUCAGGGGGGGGCUGCUGCUCUGCCAGUGCUGUGGCAGUCCAUCCCAGGGCAGCUGAGGGAGCUCCAGUACCUGAGACUGGGCUCUGAGGACAAACCAGGGGUGGAUGGAGCACUGGAGGUCCUACCCCAUCUCACACAGCUGCGCUCACUGGCUAUUCGAGGACACUGUUUUUAUGACUCGCGAGGUGACCCUCUUCCUGGUCUGCUCACUACUUUCCCGAGCUCAGUUUCCUCCCUUUCUCUCCUGGUGCACCUGGAUCUUUCCUUUAACCAGCUUGACUGUUUGCCACCCUGCCUGCUCAGCCUACCUGUGCUGACCUCGUUGCUGCUCUGUCACAACCGCAUCUCAGCUCUUCCCCCUGAUAUUGGCCACCUGUCCUCCCUCAGCUACCUCUCCCUCCUUGGAAACCAGCUGGUCUCUCUCCCGCCAAGUCUGGGCCAUCUGAAAGCCCUUCAGACUCUGGACGUCUCAUACAACCUCAUUCAGAAUCUACCUGAGGAAAUUGGUGCUUUGGAAGAGCUUGUUAAGCUGGAUUUGUCCCACAACAAGCUGAAGCAGCUGCCAGAGACCAUGGGUGAGCUUGUCUCCCUCAGGGAACUUUCCAUCCAUAGCAAUGACCUUCGCCUCAUCCCACAGUGUCUGAACAAACUGCCUCUGCUGAAAAUGGAUGUGCGAAACAAUCCUUUGGGACGACCGCCAACGCCUCCCCCUCUCCCUCCUCCACCUGCUCGACUGGAAACAAAAAUUCCAGAGUUGCACCUUGGAUUCAGUCAACACAGUUUCUGUGUUUCGUCUGCUGGGUGUCAUGUGUUUCUCCCAGGGGGGGCUGAGCUCUUGUUCCCCCCAGGGUGCGUGAAGACAACCACAAGACUGAAGUGGGUUGAGAAGAGGCCAGACAGGAAGUGGGUGUGGCUAGAGGAGCAUGAUGUCCUACUGAGUCGUCCUCUGGAACUUUGUCCUCAUGGAAUUACAUUUUUAAAGCCAGUGGAGGUGUGCGUGCCAUAUCAUCGGACAAAAAGGGGGGAGGUGGUUGUGCGGAGGUUUGAUGGACAGUUAUGGAGCACUCUGCCCACUGUUUUGAAGAGAGGAAGCCAGAGCCAUAGCAGCCACCCUGGAGGACGUCCAGCCAGGCUGGCCUGCUGCUCUGUGGGCCAGUUCUCUUGGUUUAUGGCAGUGUCUCGUCCAAUAAGGGACAGCUGCUCUGUUACAGCAGACGGGGCCCUGCUGGUGUCCAGCUCUGACCCUGGCAUUAAACUUCAUUUCCCUCCAGACUGCACUCUGCAAGCCCGCACAAUAACUUUACAGGUGUUGCAGGUGUCUGUGUCAGAGGUCCAGGCACUGUGUGGGGACCCUCAGUCCAGCGCCAGCCCGCUAGUCUGCCUCUCCCAAACUCCCAGCUUGCAUUUCCUGCAGCCUAUCAAAGUUCAGGUCCCUCUGCCAUCUGGAGUCACAGGCCACACAGUUGAUAUGUCCUGUCUUCAUCUGCUACAUGGAGACUCCAACUCCCAAACCUGGACAGACAUUACAUCACAAGUGUCUCUCUAUGUCACCCAUUCCUAUGCCAUUUUCUACAUUACUCAUUUCUCCUGGUACUGGCUGUGGUACACCACUGAGCGUUAUGUUAGUGGAGUGGUCAGGAGGGUCUAUCAAAAGCUGAAACAGUUUAAAGUCCAGUUCCUGGUUCUCCAAAGGAAGGUUGAUCCUGCACAAGUUCUCCUACAAUGUCUACCUGCUAACAAGGUGGAGAGCAGAGUGCAGUCUUUGUCGGAGCAAUAUGAUGGACCCCAGCCCUCAGAGCUGUGUGACUUGCUGGAAGGGGAGCAGUUCUUCGCUGGCUUUGAGAGGGGCUUAGAUAUCAGCGCAGACAGACCAGACUGUGUGGGAGGAAGACUGUCUUUUGUGUUCUACUCCAGCCUGAAGAAUCUGAAGGAAGUGUACGUCUGUCCCGCUGAAGAUAUCUUUCUAUAGAGGAGAGGUGCCCAGCGACCUGCCAGAGGAAGUGGCAAGAAGGAGGAAAGGACACGAUAGCCAGUGGCUAGCAACACUCCCUCUGAGACUUCCUGCUCUUGGUUCAGAGAAUAAUUAUAUCAUGGAAGAGUUCCAGUGCCCUCCUCUGAACCUGGGUGACCCUGAGAGUGGCUAUCUGACAGAAGCCAACCUGCUGUCCAUCUCCCUCCAGAUAGGACAGGACUGGCGCACCAUUG